CCUGAGGGCGGAGGACCGGUCGGGGCGGCGCCGGAGUUUUCCCGGCUGGCUGGUGUCUCCCUCCUUUCCUCCAUCCUUCCUUCCUUCCUUCCUUGCCCUCAUCGCGUUUUCUUCUUAUUUUUCAUUCUUGGUGGAGGGAGCGGUGGCUGCGGAGGGAAGCGCUUUGCUCUCCGCGCCCCGGGACCGGCGCCUACCGCGGUGCGGAUGUGUGUGGAAGAGUCCUCGCGAAAACAGCUCCCGACGUUUCCCCCCAAAAAACCCAAACCCAAACAACCCACCCACUUGGAUAAUUAAAACGGUUUUUGGCAGUAUCCUGUGUUGCCAGGGGUGAUUCAAUUCAUACUUCCAGUCCAAUCCCCAGGAUUCCUGGCACAGAGUCAGAUUUUCCAAGGCUAUUCCAAAUGUGGCAGAUGAACCCCUUCUGCAGAGGAAGAACACAUCAAUGCAUCGACUUUGCUCUUCCAACAGAAGCUUCCAAGACCAGUUAUCCCUCAAAGCUGUCCCGGUAAUUGCUACUGGUGAAGAUCACCUUUAGAAGAGAACAUGGAUUUAAUCAACUCAACUGAACAAAACAGUACAUCAGAAGAACUAUUCAAAUGGGUAACAUCCAAGAUUCUCAUUUCCAUUACGCUAUCUGCGCUUGCACUAAUGACAACAGCCAUCAACUCUCUAGUGAUGACCGCAAUAAUUGUGACGCGAAAGCUCCACCACCCUGCCAACUACCUAAUCUGCUCCCUUGCAGUGACUGAUUUUCUUGUGGCAGUCCUAGUGAUGCCCUUCAGCAUUGUCUACAUUGUAAAGGAGACAUGGAUCAUGGGGCAAGUCGUGUGUGACAUUUGGCUGAGCGUGGACAUUACGUGCUGCACGUGUUCCAUCUUGCAUCUCUCUGCCAUUGCUCUGGAUCGGUACAGAGCAAUCACAGAUGCUGUGGAAUAUGCAAGGAAAAGGACACCUAAGCAUGCUGGCAUCAUGAUUGCAGUGGUAUGGAUCAUAUCCAUUUUUAUCUCCAUGCCGCCUUUGUUUUGGCGGCACCAGACAACCAGCAGGGAUGACGAAUGCAUCAUCAAACACGACCACAUCGUUUCUACCAUUUACUCCACAUUUGGCGCCUUCUAUAUCCCUCUGGCCUUGAUUCUGAUCCUUUACUACAAGAUAUACAAGGCAGCAAAGACAUUUCACAGGAGAAGCAUCAGCCGGAUUGUAAGGGAGGAGGUAAAUGGACAAGUCCUCUUGGAUGCGGGUGAAAGAAGCACCAAAUCGGCUUCAAUGCCCAGCACUGCAGAGAAAACAUCAGAUGCCCUGGUGGACUGCGAUAAAGUCAAUAUCAGCCUAAAAAGCCCCAGGUCUGAAUCUAAACACGAGAAGUCCUGGAAAAGACAGAGAAUCUCUAGCACAAGAGAGCGAAAGGCAGCAACCACGCUGGGUCUGAUCCUGGGGGCGUUUGUGAUCUGUUGGCUCCCCUUUUUCGUGAAAGAAGUAGUUGUUAACACCUGUGAAAGAUGUCACAUCUCAGAAGACAUGUCUAAUUUCCUAGCGUGGCUGGGGUAUAUAAAUUCCCUUAUUAACCCUCUAAUAUACACAAUCUUUAAUGAAGAUUUCAAGAAAGCCUUCCAGAAGCUAGUGCACUGUAGGCAAUAUCUUUAAGAGCUUAUCUUCAUAUAAGGAGAACAAACAUAUUAAUUGGUUUUUAACUUGUAUAAAUUUAUAUACCUGAGAUGAUAUUUGUUGUAUUUAAGGAAAAGCACCAAGACUCUGCAUUUACAUUAUGACUUUGUUGUUGUUGUUGUUAUCAGUAGUAGUGGGAGCAUAAAAUGCCCAAGUUUCAAAGAGAUGGAUCAUCUGGGAUCAGUUUUGCUCUGGAAAAAAGAGGUAGCAUAUUGUGGCUCUAAUCCAGUCAGGAUUUGCACAGCUGUCUAGCUUGAAGCAUAAGGUAUUACCUUAAAUAUGAGGGAAAUACACAUUUGAAGUAGACAAAGAAAGACAAUGUUUUAAAAAUCACUUUCAGUUAUCAAUGAAAUCUUAAGUAAAACAACACACGGGUUUGAAACCCUCGUCACAAAUAAGGAGAUAGAAAAUAAACGCUGGAAUUAAGAUACGAUUUCAUGACUUUGGCACAGGCCUGCAGCACAGAGCCAAACCAUUCCCAGUAACAGGUAGUAGCUUGAAACAUAUCUAGCAUCAUCUUAUGUUGAUUAGCUGAGCGCAGAUGCAGCCCUGCCUUUUCCCACAGAUGAAGGACUUCCCUGUAUUACACCCUCACAGUACUGCAGCAGCAGGCAAAGUGCUUUCAAGUCUUUUCUCAACCACCUCAAGCAACAGGGCUGUGAAGCCUCCAACAAAGCAUGUGAGAAAGCAGACACUGACCUUGAUGUUGCCAGUGUGGGUCUCUGGAAACCACUGUGUAGCAGCUUCUCCAGUAAGGGCAAGG